UCCCUUCAUUUAAAAACGGAUACUUUAUAAAUAAAUAUCUUUUCACUGUCUGUAUUAUUUGACACUACUCGGUAAACUCUGAGCAAUGAACCCACGAAUCGACUGUGCGGGUUCCAUUAUCCUCCCUGUAUUCAGUUAUGUUGUCGAUUGUCGAUUACUUACGCCUGCAGUAUACAGCAAUGGCUGACAGCACGGAUGAAACAGUAGCAGCGUCCAAACCAGAGAUAUUUUACAACUAUCGGGAGAGGAAUAAAUGUUCCCCCGAGGAAGAUGCGCGAUUAGAGAGACAACAUUUCUGGAAUGUUAUCAACGCGUUUAAAUACUACAGAACUCACGUUCAUGAACGAGUGAAUCGAGCCGAGCGGCAGUUCCGAUUUCUUCCAGAUCACCACCAGCAACUUCUGACCAACUUCAUUCCCAAUCUGAACAAGAUUCGCUACUGCAUCGACCGAAACCAAGAGGUGCUGCAGGCCAUAGUGCACAACUGCCUCCAUAUGUUUGAGAACAUGGAAUAUGGACAGGAUGGUGACCCAAGGAAAGUACGGCCUUCCUCGACUUUUGACAUGGACAAGCUGAAGUCAACCUUAAAGCAGUUUGUCCGUGACUGGAGUGAAGCAGGAAAAGCGGAAAGGGACAGCUGCUAUAAACCUAUUGUAGAGGAGAUCCAGAGACUAUUUCCUCCUGACCAGUGUGACGUGUCUCAGGUCAAAGUGUUAGUGCCGGGGGCAGGUCUGGGUCGGCUUGCAUGGGAAAUCGCUCAUCUGGGCUAUUCGUGCCAAGGCAACGAGUGGAGUUUCUUCAUGCUCUUCUCCUCUAAUUUUGUUCUGAACAGGUGUGAUAAGGAAAAUGCACUGACACUGUAUCCCUGGAUUCACCAGUUCAGUAAUAACAAAAUGUCCUCAGAUCAGACAAGGCCUGUGUCCUUUCCUGAUGUCAAUCCACAGAGUCUCCCAGCAGACUCAGACUUCUCUAUGGUCGCUGGAGACUUCCAGGAAGUAUAUAGUGAACCUGAAAUGUGGGAUUGUGUUGCUACUUGUUUCUUCAUUGACACUGCCCACAAUGUUCUUGAUUACAUUGAAACCAUCUGGAAUAUUUUAAAACCUGGUGGUGUCUGGAUAAAUUUGGGUCCACUUCUUUACCACUAUGAGAAUAUGGCCAAUGAAUUGUCCAUAGAGCUGAGCUAUGAGGAAAUAAAGGCUGUCAUUUUAAAAUAUGGAUUUGUCCUGGAGUUGGAGAGAGAGUCUGUUUCCAGCAUGUACACAGAGAAUGAUCGCUCCAUGCUCAAGUACCUUUAUGACUGUGUCUUUUUUAUCGUACGGAAACCCACAGAACAGUUGAUCAACGGAGGUCAGACACCUAAAGAUGGCCAGAUUGAAGAUUCUUUACAGACAAAAAAGUCAACAUGA